AGCUCAGCCCUGUAAGUGCUAUUCAGCAGAGAUUACUGUGUUUCUGACUGAAAAUACAGGGAAUUCAUUCUCUAAAGCCAAGGCAAGAGGAAAGACACAAGGAAAGGACAUUUACCUUUGGAAGAGGGCUCUUAAUCCAGUACAGGGGCCGAUUUGUGUAAGAACAAGCUGUAAAGACAAGCAGUGGGCAUGUCUGUGAGACUGGUGACUAGCAGGAAGAGAGCAAGCACACAAGGAGACAAAUAUCCAGCAAAGAGAAGAGCCAGCUGGGGCAUCCUUACUAACCAAGGGUCGUGGGCAGAUCGAUCACCACUACAUGAAGCAGCCAGUCAGGGUCGCCUUCUAGCUUUGAAAACAUUGCUCUCACAGGGUUAUAAUGUAAACACACUGACGUUCGAUCAUGUGACUCCACUCCAUGAAGCCUGUCUGGGAGACCAUGUUGGAUGUGCAAGGACUCUUUUAGAAGCUGGAGCAAAUGUGAAUGCCACAACAAUUGAUGGAGUGACUCCUUUAUUUAAUGCAUGUUCAAGAGGCAGCGCUAGUUGUGUGGAGCUUCUUUUGGAGUAUGGUGCAAAAGCACAGUUGGAAAUAUGUCUUCCUUCACCGAUACAUGAAGCAUCAAGUAAAGGGCACAGUGAAUGCUUAGAUGUACUGAUUUCCUGGGGUAUAGAUGUGGACCAAGACAUUCCUCAUUUAGGAACUUCUCUUUACGUUGCUUGUAAAGGCCAACAGAUCAGCUGUGUACGAAAGCUUUUAUAUGCAGGUGCUAAUGUCCAGCAUGGUAGACAUUUAGACACCCCAUUACAUGCCGCUGCUCAGCAGUCCAAUACAGACAUUGUUAACUUAUUACUGGACUUUGGUGCUGAUGUAAACGCCAAAAAUAUAGACUUUAAACGUCCAGUUGACGUUGCUCCUGCAAGAAGCUUGGUGGAAAGGCACUUGCUGUUGUAUGAAGCAACUCCACGUUCUCUCUGUCAAAUGUGCAGAUUAUGUAUCCGAAACUGCAUAGGAAGAUCCAGAUUUCCUCUUAUUUCACAACUACAGCUUCCAACAGUACUAAAAGAUUUCUUACAGUACAGAGAAACUAUAAGAAACUUUUAAUAAAUUGUAUGUAUGUGUGUAUAUACAUAUAUAUAUAUAUAUAUAUAUAUAUAUAUAUAUAUAUAUAUAUAUAUAUAUAUAUAUAUAUAUAUUUGACAUGAAUUGUAAACGACAAUUUUCACAUUUACGAAUGUACAUUCAGAGAUACUAUAAUGCACUUACAGAAAAUAAAUAAAAUAAUAAAUGUCAAAA